AUGAAACCACAGAAGUAUUGUGGACCGACACUAGCAAAGACCUUGGCGCUGUUAUGCUACGACGAAAGCGCUGGCGUCGGGAAGCGAGCUGAAUAUAAUUCCGUAUAUAACGCAAUUAUGCCUCCGUUUUAUAAAGAGCAAGAAGUCCCUUACUGGCCAUGGCUAUCACCUGAGAAGGCUAGGAGCAUGGGAUUGCCGUCACGCGGGAAACGCUACGUGGGCGUUGUUGACGAAUGUUGCUUCAAAGCUUGUAGUGUAGAUGAAUUACUCUCAUAUUGUUAG